CCAACAGAGGGCUGUGACGUCACGACAGAGAAAUCUCAGGGUCGCCCGCACUGGAUGUUGGUAUUUUGAUCUGACACGUUGAAGACAAGCUACCAGAUAAUGGUGGUAAGAUAGUGGGGUAUGGUGUGACCAAGUGUGUGGUGAGAGUGCCAGAAUGGUUGUGUGGUGAUUGGCACUCUGCCCCUUGUUUGGGGUUAUCCACCACUCACUGCACACAACCAACACCCCACCUACCAGUACAAGUUUAUCAGUUCAUACCACGCAUGUCAUAACUACCUGGCCUCUGUAGAACUCAACUGUGGUUGUGGUAUCACAAACUGUGACAUCAUGAGUGACGGAAAUAAAUGGCCCUGUGGGAGAUGCACCUACCUCAAUUAUGCCAGUGCUGUACGGUGCACUAUGUGCACAGUGCCACGCUCCCCACACCUUAUUGUGGAGGCUGGAGCUGACAUUUACCAGUUGGGAUGCCAAGCUGCGCCACCAUCUCGAAGGCCACCAGAGAGCCCGCCUCCACAAGAAGUUGACAAGUGGCGUUGUCAUUUAUGUACUUACCGUAAUUAUCCAAGAGCCCUAAGGUGUACACAGUGCCGCACACCACGCCUUUCAUUAGCAGAAGAAAUGGCAGGUCUUUCUUUGGCAAAACCUGCAUCCUCAUCACCCACAAUAUCCACAACAACUCCUACAUCAACACCAACUUCAACCCCAACUUCAACCCCAACUGCAACCACAGCCAUCACUACCACUGCCAAUAUAGCCUCACCGGCAGCUACAACACCAAGUACGACCCCCACCACAGCCUCUGCUCCAACCAAUAACCGUAAUGGAGGCCAGAGUCCAAACAAAGGGGUUGCAGGGCAAAGUGGUAGAGGUCCUCCUGGAGCUGGAGCAGAUCACCCCAGUCCAGGAGGGACACCUCCGGGUGGGGCGGGGCGCUGUAGUCCACAAGGAGCGGGUGUAACGCAGCCACAACCACGUCAUGAAACUGAACCAGCUGUACCCAGUUACAAAUGGAGAUGUCGUGCAUGUACCUAUGAAAACUGGCCAAGAUCGACAAGAUGUGUGAUGUGUGCCACCCCAAAAGGACUUUGUGCCGCCUCAGCCCAGUCCCAGCCAGCUCGCCUUGCAACACCACCUCCUCCAACUGACAGUAAAAAUAACAAUAUGAGUGCAAACAUAGUUACACCUCCAGGGGAAGCAAGUGAACCUACCAAAGUUGAGAUAAUACGUGAACCCAGUGAUACACAUCAUACUGAGAACAAUGCAAAAAACAGAGAAAACAUUAAUGAAAUAAAUAAAGCCCGCAGCAGUGACUCACAGCUCCAAGAUCCGCAAUUGAUAUCCCAAAGAAACUCCAGUGAAUCAAAGGAAAACAGCACCAUUCCUACUAGUGUUGGUGGCAACAAUGCCUCAGGUGCUGUGAGCCAUCGUGGUGGAGAAGGAGCCAUGGCACUCAAUAACUAUGAAACAGAGCGACUCCUAAGGCAGCUCAGACGACGAUUACGGGAAGCUGAUUGGGCCUGGCUGAAUGCUUGCAAUGGAGUAGUGGAAGGCAACUAUGAACCAGUUGAAGCUUACCUUUCAGCAGGGGGAGACCCAAUGAGGCAGCUAACCAGUGCAGAUGUUAAGCUGUUAUCUCGGCCUUCUGCAUUUGAUGAAGGUCAUACGCUUGUUCACUUAGCUAUAAGAUUUGGUCGAGAAGAUUUACUUGCUACAAUUCUAUCACGCAUGGAUGGUGGGGGCACAGGAGUGAAGCGUGUCCCACCCUAUGUGGCACCAGACUUGGCUACAGACAUCCGUCGACAUGUUUCUGCUUCAAUUCGUCAGAGAAAAGGGCCAUUCCCUUGUCACUUUGUUUCUGAGCUUGUUACUUUCUCACUACCUGCAGAAAUUGAAGAUUUACCCGUGAGUGUUCAAGAACAGCUGUUUGAAGAGCUUCUUGAUCGUGAUGCGCAGAAGCAGCUGGAAGAGGAUGCACCUAUUAUUAACUGGUCCUUAGAAAUCACAGACAGACUUGGCUCACGACUCUAUGCUCUCUGGAAUAGAACAGCAGGUGAUUGUCUUCUAGACUCAAUACUACAGAGUACCUGGGGUGUAUUUGACCGAGACAAUGUACUUCGUAGAGCUUUAUCUGACAGUCUUUCGGAAGCAUCUCAUCUGUUUUAUCCCCGUUGGAAAGAAUACGAGCGAUGGCAGGCUCGACUUCUAGACUACUAUGUUCCUGAAGGCCAAGUCCUUGAGGAAUGGGCAGAGUUGAUCUGCUUGGCCUCCCAACCCGGUGCUGCACUAGAGCAGCUACACAUCUUUGUCCUAGCCCACAUCCUGCGACGACCAGUGAUUGUGUAUGGAGUAAAGUGUGUCAAGAGCUUUAGAGGAGAGGACUUGGGUUUUGCAAGAUUUGAGGGUGUGUACUUACCAUUGUUAUGGGAACCAUCAUUCUGUUGGAAGUCCCCUAUUGCACUUGGAUACACUCGUGGACAUUUCUGUGCCCUUGUGCCCAUGGAGCCAGACUCUCCUGAGAACAUGGGAGCAGGAGCAAUCUUGGAUGCUGGGGAGUCACAGGUGGUCUUCUUGCCUUUAAUGACUCAAGAUGCCAAGCUUCUCCCUGUGCACUUCCUUACACAGGCUGAGGUUGGCUGUGAGGAAACAUUACUAAGACAGUGGCUGGAGGUGUGUGUCAGUGAGGGAGGCGUACUGGUGGCACAGCAGCAUCUCACCAAGAAGCCCCUGACGGUGGCCCAGAUGACGGAGGAAUGGCUCAACCAUUACAGAAGGCUUGCGUAAGUCUUGUCUCAGGGGAACUACCACAACAAAUGGAAUGUGCCCCAUAUCACCGCCCCAUAACAAGCCAAGGAUACUCCAGUGACGGGGACUCAGAGGAAGAAUGAUCUGGAACUCAUAAAGGAUCUCUCAAUAACCAGUAUAUUCCAAAGAGAACACUUCAAAGUGACUGGAGUCUUUUGUUGAACAUUGUCAAGAAGAAAAAGUUUCAAUAUCUCAGCAAAUAAAGUGAAAAUGAGUAUUUAUCUAACAAAAGUAGUCUCAAGAUUUAAAUUGUUUCGUCCAGAGGAAGUAACACAAAUCUGCCUCUCUCUCUCUCUUUACCAUAAUAGAAUCUUCUAAUGUUAGGCAGCAAGAAAAGGUGAGGCUGUACUCCAGUUGACUUCUCGUGCUUUAUUUGAUAUGUUUAGUAAGAGCAAAUUGUGAUGGGUUGUUAAAUAUUACAAGCUGUGAUAAUAUUACCUACAAAGCAUGUGGUAUAUCUGAAAAUGUGAAUUCAUAAAUAUAUUUUAUUUUUAUUUUCUCUAUCAAACUUGGUUUCCUCUCACGAUGCAUAAUAUAGCCAAAGUGAAUUUUAAAAAUUAUAUAAAAUUAUCUUGGUUCUCACAUAAAAUGUGUUACUUUACCAAUUAUACCAUGUCUAUACUCUAUCUAUUCUUUCUUUUCAUCUGAUAACAAAGUAAAGACUCCUGGAGCACGGAAUCACCAAAGAACAGAAGGGGUUUAACUGAAAAAGAUUGUUGAAUAUACUGAAGACAGUAGGAUGAUUUGCGAAAUCUAAUUGUAUGACUUCAGAAAAGUAUACAACUUACACCCAAGGCCUUAGUGACUUUACUGAAAAAGUAGUGAAGUAAAUAAGUAUUGAUUUAAACUAGACUACAUCAAUUUGCUGUUGUAAUUGAAAUGAGUUUCUGUUUUGUUUCAUGAAUAACACAGUGCCCCUAUGCAUAAUAUGGAGAUUAUGAGUAACCAGUUUCUGAAAGCAUAAGGACUGCAAGGUAAUGUAUCUUGGUUUAAUGUGUGAUAUAUACCUGUAUAUUGACUUCUUGCCACUACAUGGGGUCACAUAGAAUGUAAAAUCUUGACAUUGAAAAGUGAUUUUUUAACUGAAAUUUGCUACAUAAAUUUCACUUGCAGUGAAGAAAGAACAGUAUUGAUGUUGUCAUAUAUUUUGAGAUGAGCUAUUGAUAGUCAAUAAAGUCACUUUUAUUUUUUACUUUAUAUAUAUAAGCAAUGUCAUUCAUUGGUCUACUGUUUAUCCUGAAAGCUCCACAGGGAGUGACUUCUCAAGCAGGAUGAUAGAAGGUUGAUGGCUUCUGCUAGAACAUAAGAGAAGACUUUUCCAUGAAAAAGAAGUGAAUUUGAAAGAAAUGUUGAUAAUGAUAAUCCAUUUUUAUACAGUGAUAGGAACUGUAGUCUUUUUUUUCUUUUUUGCCAAUGAUUGGCCUUUGAAUGCUUAAAACUAACUUGAAAUUUGCUUUCAUGCUAAGGAGGGGGGAAAAAAUGAGUGUUUAUAAUUUUUUACAUAUAUUUCUCAUGUUUGUGCAGGCAAUGUUAUCUUUUGCAAAUUAUACAGUGUGCAUCUUGACCUGGGAAUUGUAGCUAUUUAAUGCAAGUGUAACUAAUAUUAUUUUGCUGAUGCUGCAAAGCCAUGCCAUCAUGUGCUCUACAAUGAAUCGUCUACCCCUCUCCCUUAGUUUGGCCGUAAACUGUUACACCAUGAUAACUUUACCUCCAUGUCAUAAUGAUUGCGUCCACAGUUUGAUGUGUUUACUUUCAUCAAAAAGAAGAAAAAAAAUCCAAGAAAGUAAGUCAUACAUUUCCUGUGUUCCAUAUUAUUGUUUCCAAGAUUUCUUGUUGAGAAAUGUAUCAGUUACAUCCCCAAUUGCAAAGGUAAUACAUUCUAUCCAGCAAUCUCCAAAAGUGCUGAGUGUAGGCAGAAGAGCUUGCAGUAGGUGGUAUGCAGGCAACAGUUCAUGAUAUGCAUUGUCUUGUAAACCACAUCAAGUGCCAAAGUUGCAUUUUUUUUUCUUUUUAUAAUUAUAUUAUUAGUUUUUUUUAAUUAUAUUAAAAGGACUUCAAUUACAGAUAUCUUGUUAGUUGCGGCUAUUGUAGAAUUCAAGAGUAUGUAAGAGAAACCAAAUGUGAGAAUCUCUCCAUUUCAAGUAAACUGUGGUGUUAAUAUUCUCAAUGUAUAAGGAGCUAAGUAGCAAGGCAUUAUUUCUUUCACGGCAAGGCACUUAAGACCAGUAUGGUGUCAACAUGUGGCUUUUGUCAUGGGCUUUCAUCCUAACUUUGGGUAUUCAGAGUAACCAAAUGAUACAAAUGAACGACUAAAAGAAUGUUAGUUGCUACCCAACCUGAUGGUUGAAAUAUGAUAUUAAUGCCAAAAAUAGAAACUGACAUGAACUGUAUACUGACUUUGUGCAUAUUGGUAUUAUGUGUUAUUGUUAUUGGUAUGUUCCAUUUCUUACAUCAUCAUUAAUUUUUUUUCUCUCACUCUCACCUCAUGAGGUGUGAUACUGCUGACACCAAGUUGCAUAUACUAAGGUGACAGCAUCCAGCCAAAAGCUUGAUGUAGGGGAUUCCAAGUAUAGGUUUCUCAGAUUCAUCUACACAGGCAUAAGCACUGCUGCUUCUUUUAAGGUGGGGCAGUUAGGGACAGUCAUCAAGUAAAGGUCCAGGCAAGGAUUGUCACCUAGGGGAGGUCCAGGCAAGGAUGGUCACCUAGGGGAGGGUUAGGCAGGGACAGUCAUCUAGUGGAGGUCCAGACAAGGACAUUCACAUAGGGGAGGUUUAGGCAGGGACAGUCACCUAGUGGAGGUCCAUGUAGGGGCAGUCACCUUUUACGGGUCUAGGCAAGGGGUAAUCACCUAAUGUAUGUCCAGACAGGGACAGUCACCUUGUGCUGCUCCACUUAAAGGAGACUUGCAGUAAGAUAGGUUGGACGGAAUCCCUGAGAUGUGAUUAGUCCAGAAAUGGUUUGGUUAUUUAUUACUGUUAUUAUUGUUUGUAGUACCAUUUUUAUGCUAUGUUUUUUCAGAUUAUGAUUUUUAUUAAUUAUGAAUUUUCUCAAUCUAUUAGUUAUUGUAAUUUCUUUUGUCAUAUUUACACUUCAUAUUUUCUUAAACAUUGCUUUUGUUAGUUUAUUAUUUAAUGCAUUCAAAAAUGUCAGUAGUUGAAUCAAACUCAUCUUAGUUGAGAAAUUUGUUUUAAGGGGUUAGUUGUGUUGAACUUGCUCUAAGCUAAGUUUUUACCCCAUCAUAGCACUUGAGGCCAUACUAGUCCUUCCUCAGUCUGACUAAUCAUAUUUCUGCACAUGAGCCAUUUAAUUAAAACCAAUCAAUAUGAGAGUUCUUCCUCCCUAUUUAUUUGGUUGUGAAUAUUAAUCAGUAUUUGCUUUUACUAUAUCCUUGCAUUCAGUGGUUUGUUAUAGAUGAAAAAAACAAAAACAAGUUGGAAUGAUGCAUUUAUGUGUCCUAUCUUUGAGCACAAAUAACAAAUACAAGGCUCUCAUUUUCUUCUCAAUUAUCCUCUUUCAAGGGAAAUAAUUUUUUUGGUAUAAUAAUUGAUCAUUUGUUGUCAAAGGCGCUGUUCUACAUAAUUGUUUAUGGAUUCCCGCCCCAAUUUCCGUUGUUCCUUUCCGUCCAGUUAGUUGCAUCAGAAUCUUACAUAUGCAUCUUUUCUGUAUUAUUCAGUUUGACAUAGCAAUAAUUCUUAUAUCCCAUAUGUGUACAUAUGUAUAGUUUAGUAUUAUUUCUUUACAUUUGUGAUUAUUGCUUUAAAGAAUUUAGUCAUGUUAGUAAGCCCAUUUUAUGUCAAUCAUUUUAUCAUAGAGAAGUCAACUAUUAAACUCUUCUAAUCUUUUCUGUAGUUUCUGUCCCAUUAAUGAUAUAUUUCACUGAGCUUGACACAAAAGCUAAGAGAGGUUUAGCCUGCAGUCUGUUAUUCGCAGGAGCUGCUUCUAUUUAAGGGUUGUAUUUGCUAGGUAGCACACCUUUCAUAUCUCAUCAUCAUUCUCAGCUUCUCCAUGGUGACAGUACAAACCAAGAACAUAAUGUGAUGAGAUCAUUAAAUGCGAUCCACUUUUGUAGAGGAUACGGUAUGGCUUUUUUUUUUUUUUUUUUUUUUAUAUAUAUAUAUAGAACACACAAAAUUGAGCCUUCUAUACCUCCUGUAGGCUCGUAUUGCUUGAUUUCAUCACUCAUAUUUUAGCUGUCAGAACUGUAAAGCUAAAUUUUGUAGUUUUGUCAGAGAAGUGUUUAGAUUUUAUUUCAUGCAUGAUGUGAAGCUGCCUGUGCAGAUUUUUUUUAAGGAAGUAGUUUUACCCUGUUAAUGCGUAAUAGCUAGAUGUUUGUAAACUUUCUCAACAGGUAAGAGUUCAAAUAUUGACUGGGAAAUUAAAGUAUAGAAAGUUUCCAGUAACUAGCUAUUUUACUUGCAAGACUUCCUUGAAAUUUAUUGUGUCCAUAUUUCAGAAUUAAUACCCGGCUCUUAGAAAUUAAAUCUAUGUUCAGUCUUAUAUGUUGUUAUCACAAACUUCUAGAAAGCUAACCCAUAGUAGUGCAACUCCAGUGGAUUGUUUAUCAGAGAUUAUUGUUAUGUAUAUAUAACGAGAUUAGAGACAAUUAUACAGAUUGCUGAAAGCA